UGAUUUAUAAUAAUCAGCUGUCAUCAACAAUACAGUUAGAUAAAAUUAAAUAAUUGUGGAAUGUCUGUCCAAAAAAAUAUAAAAAUGGGACAUGAUGUAGAAAUGGCACUUCCUCUGCAUCUUCAAAGACUAGAAAGAAGCUUGAAUAUUUAUCCAUUUUUGACAAGAAAGGAAUUAUUCAAAGACCAUGUUAGUGAUGAUAAAAAAUCAAUGUCUUCAGAGCUAUCUGGUGAUGAUGAUAAUUAUUCAAAUAGUGGUCUCAACGAGAGAGAAGAAGCAAGAAUAAGCAAGCUGAGAUUGUAUAAUAUGGAAAAUAUUGGUGAUGAAAGAGCUUGGUUACAAGAUGUAUUGUUAAGUGAUUCAUCAGAUAGUCAGUCUGGUACAGACAAUGAUGAGCCAAUAACUGAAGAAGAUUUUCAAGAUAUGUUAAAAUUUCAUAUACUUAGAAAAAAAUAUCAGGGUAAAUUUUAUCAAAAACCAGACAAUAUACAGUAUCAAUAUUACAGCUCUGGAUUAUUGUCAAAUAUUGAUAGAUUUCCAGAUCAUCAAAAGCUAAUUGUUGGCAAUAAAAAAAAGAAAGAUAAAAAAAUAGUUAAAAUAAAAAAAGAAAAAAUAAUAAAACCUCGUAAACCACCAAAUAAAAAUAAAGAUAAAGAUAAAGGCAAUGAUGGUGAUGAUGAUGAUGAUAAUGAUGAUAAUAAUGGUGAUGGUUAUGAUUAUGGUGAUGGUUGUGGUAAUGAUAAUUUAAAUAAAAAUGAAUGGAAUAAAAUAAUUCCAAAAGAAGAAGAAUUUGAUGAUAGUGAAUUGGAUAUUAUGAUGAAAAAUCAAUCACGUGCAAGAGGUAAAAAAAAACAUACAACAAAAAGUCCAGAAAUGAUGGCAUUAAGAAGACGUAAAAUAUGGAUUAUGAUGUCAAAAAAAGAACUUGGUAAAAUACAAAGAUCUAAAACAAAUAAUCAUAAAGAAAUGCUAAUAAGUUGUAAAAAAGUUGCUCAAAAUUGUAUGAAAUAUUGGCGUCAAAAAGCAAUGCAUUCACAAAAAAAUAUGAAAGAAACAGUAUGGCGUGCUAAAAGAUUAACACGUGAAAUGCAAACAUAUUGGAAACGUUAUGAUCGUGUUGAACGUGAAACACGUAGACGUCUUGAAAAAGAAGCUGAAGAACAACGUAAAAUGGAUGUUGAAUUAAUUGAAGUUAAACGUCAACAAAGAAAAUUAAAUUUUUUAAUAACACAAACUGAACUUUAUGCACAUUUUAUGUCAAAAAAAUUAGGUAAAUCAUCACCAGAAGAACAAUUACGAAUACUAAGUCAACUUGAUGAAGAAAAAAUACCACGUUUAGCUGACAUUGAUGAUUAUGAUAGUGAAAUAAUGAAACAAAAAGCUAAAAAAAAUGCAAUUGAAGCAUUUGAUCAUGAUAGAUCAAGAACAAGACAAUUUGAUACUUCAGCAUCAGCAGCAACAUCAUCAGCAAAUAAAGAACUUUGUUUAAAUAAUACACCAGAUAAUCUUGAACAUCCACAACCAUCAAUAUUCAUGGGUAAUUUAAAAGGUUAUCAAUUAAAAGGAAUGAAUUGGUUGGCAAAUUUAUAUGACCAAGGUAUAAGUGGUAUUCUUGCUGAUGAAAUGGGUCUUGGUAAAACAGUACAAUCAAUAGCAUUUUUAUGUCAUGUUGCUGAACGUUAUUCUGUUUGGGGACCAUUUUUAAUAAUAUCACCAGCAUCAACACUUCAUAAUUGGCAACAAGAAAUGGCUAGAUUUGUACCACCAUUUAAAGUUGUACCAUAUUGGGGUAAUCCACAAGAACGUAAAAUAUUACGUCAAUUUUGGGAUACAAAAGAUUUACAUACAAAAGAUGCAUCAUUUCAUGUUGUUAUAACAAGUUAUCAACUUGUUAUAACUGAUUAUAAAUAUUUUAAUAGAAUUAAAUGGCAAUAUAUGAUAUUAGAUGAAGCACAAGCAAUUAAAAGUACAAGUAGCAUGAGAUGGAAACUUUUAUUAGGUUUUAGUUGUCGUAAUCGUUUAUUAUUAAGUGGUACACCAAUACAAAAUAGUAUGGCUGAAUUAUGGGCAUUAUUACAUUUUAUAAUGCCAACAUUAUUUGAUUCACAUGAUGAAUUUAAUGAAUGGUUUUCAAAAGACAUUGAAAGUCAUGCUGAAAAUAAAACUGGUAUUGAUGAAAAACAUUUAUCAAGAUUACACAUGAUAUUAAAACCAUUUAUGUUAAGAAGAAUUAAAAAAGAUGUUGAAAAUGAAUUAUCAGAUAAAAUUGAAAUAAUGGUUUAUUGUCCAUUAACUAGAAGACAAAAAUUAUUAUAUUCAGCAUUAAAACAAAAAAUAAGAAUUGAAGAUUUAUUACAUUAUACUGUUGGUGGUGGUGGUAGUAGUAAUGGUGGUAAUGAUUCAACAAUGAAUGAUAAAAAUUUUACCUCAAAUUUAAUGAAUCUAGUCAUGCAAUUUAGAAAAGUAUGUAAUCAUCCAGAAUUAUUUGAACGACGUGAUGCUAAAUCACCAUAUUUUAUGAUUACUAAAAAUUAUAAUAUGCCAUCACUUUUAUAUAAUGAUGGUAUUAUUGAUCAUUCAAUACCAUCAAAAAAACAUUUAUUAUAUAAUAAAUUAAGUAUAUUUACAACACAACAUAUUCAUCAUUCAUUAUUUAAUAAUAAUAAUAAUAAUAAUAAUGAUAAUAAUAUUUUUUCAUUUUCUCGUCUUAUUGGAUUAUCACCAAGUGAAUUAAAUUAUUUACAUGUUUCUGGUAUAUUAUAUAUUAUUUGUCAUGCAACAAUAUUUAAACGUAAAAUUAUAAAAAAACGUUAUUGGGAUGAUUGGUGGAUUGAUGAAGAUAUACAAUUGCCAAAUAAUAUGAUGCUAAUUGUUGAUGCUAAAAAUAAUAAUUUAUUAGAAAAUAAUAUUGAUUUAAUUUUUACAAAAAGAAUUUUUUGUGGUGAGCCUGUUUAUACACAUACUGAUCAUGUUAUUCAUACAAUGCCUGAAACAAUGACACAUAGAAUACUAAGAAGUAGUAAAAUUGCUGGUAAUAUACCAAUUAAAUUAACAAGAGGACAAGUUACUGAUAUUAAUGCUGAUAUUGAUGAUGAUAUUAAAUUAAUAUUAUUACCUGAACAUCAGCAUCGUUCUAGACCAAGUGAAAUUAGAAGUUGUCAAGUUACAUCAAUGCCUUCAUUUAUUUGUGAUAAUUAUCCCAAGAUUCAAGCAUCUCCAAGAAAAUUGUAUGUCAGUGAUAGCAGUGCAGCUUGUGCCUGGAAAAGACAUGAAGAAUGUGGUGGACCAUUUGGUAAAAAAAUUAUUAAACUUGGAUGUGAAUAUGCAUUAUUAUCAACACCUGAUUUUGAGCCAUCAAUUGCUGUUGAUAAUUUACGAAGUGCAACAAUGUUUUCACAUGAAACAGUUGGUGGUUUAUCAGCAUGUACACCUGUUAAUGGCUGGUCAAAUAUUAUUGUUCCAGAUAAACAAACUCUUGUUACUGAUGCAGGAAAAUUAUCAGUUUUAGAUAAUUUAUUAAAACGUUUAAAGGAACAAGGUCAUCGAGUUUUAAUUUAUUCUCAAAUGACUAAAAUGAUUGAUUUACUUGAGGAGUACAUGUAUCACCGGAAACACACUUUUAUGCGCCUCGAUGGUUCAUCAAAAAUCUCCGAUCGUCGGGAUAUGGUUGCAGAUUUUCAAAAGCGAGCGGAUAUAUUUGUCUUUCUUUUGAGUACAAGAGCUGGUGGUUUGGGAAUAAAUUUGACUGCUGCUGAUACUGUAAUUUUUUAUGACAGUGAUUGGAAUCCAACAGUGGAUCAACAAGCUAUGGACAGAGCACAUAGAUUAGGUCAAACUAAACAGGUGACUGUUUAUCGUUUAAUUUGCAAAGGUACUAUUGAAGAAAGAAUAUUACAAAGGGCACGUGAAAAAAGUGAGAUUCAAAGAAUGGUAAUAAGUGGUGGUAAUUUUAAACCAGACACAUUGAAACCAAAAGAAGUUGUGUCAUUACUUCUAGAUGAUGAAGAAAUUGAAGCAAAAUACAGUCAACGAAGCGAAGAAAGAAAGCAAGACACAACUCUGGAGGAUGUAACUCACAUUGAUUGUACUACAAUUCCUCAACAUCACAAGGAAAAGGACCGGAAAAGGAAGUUAACCGUACAUCCGGUCAAGAUUAAUAAUAAUAAAAGACCAUGUACAGAGGAUAUUAUUAAAAUUGAAAAUCAAAAUGAUCUAUUGACAAUUCAAUCAGACAAUGAAUUUCAAAAUACAUCAUCACAAUUAUUAUUAAAUGAAGAAAUAAUAAUUGAUAAUGAUGAUAUUAUACUUGAUGAUAAUUUAAUAUUAAAAUCAGAAGAUGAAACAAGUAAUGAAGGACUUGUUGUUGAUGUUGAUGGACCAAUUGGUAUUAAUAUUAAUCAACAAAAUCGUCAAUCAACAAGUGUUAAUGAUAGAUCAAAAGUAACAAAACUUGGUCAUCAUUUUAGUUUUGGUGUUGGUAGUGGUGUACGUAUACGACCAACAAUACGUGGUACCAGUAAACGUGGUAGACCUCGUGGAUCACGUCGUGGUGGACAAGUUAGUGGUAAAGGACGAGGUGGAUUUUUACCUGGUCAAAUUGGUACAACACCACAAUCACCUGGUGGUUCGUGUCAUUCACCUCCUUCUUCAUCUUCAUCGACUGAUCAGAUUGCUCAGCAAGGUUUACAAGGAAUAGUAGGUCUUGAAGGUGAUUGUUUAAGUACAGUAAAUACAAGUAAUACAAGUGGUCAAAUAACACCUGUACGUUGUACAACAACUGGAGUACGUCGUGGUCCAGGUAGACCAAGAUUACGUCCAGCUGGUCCUGGUAAUCAAGGACAACGUACACCAACAAAUAAUUAUAAUAAACGUGUACAAAAAUCAUUACCAGUACCACUUAGAUCAAAUCAAUUAUCAAAUCCAACAUCAAAUACAUUAUCACCAAAUCCAAGUUCAAUAAAUAUAUCACCAGUAUUAUUAACAAAUGUACAAAAACAAUCAACAUCUGUUAGUAAUUUGGAUUUACGACCAUUUGGUUUUUAUACUCAACAACAACAGCAACAACAACAACAACAAUUACAACAAGUGCCGAAACAAGAUGACAAGUUUAUUAAUCCAAAGUAAUAUUUAAAAAAUUAACAAAUUAAUUUAAGAUUAUAAAUAAGUGUUUAUAUUUAAUUUUAAAAAAAACAAAAAUAACUAAUUGUGCUAGUGGUAAAUUUAUACACAAUAAAAUUGUAAUAGUUAUUAUUAAUUUAAUGUUAUUGACAUAAUAUGGAGUUUGAAUAAUCAAAAGGGAUAUUUAUUUAUUUUCAUUAUAUUAUUAUUUUUUUUUUUUUUAUUAAAUCCCUUUUAAUUAUUCUAUUAUUGACGCUAAUAAUUCACAUUUUUUGUUUGUUUUUUUUUUCAUAAUUUUUUUAAACUAAACAUAAAAAAAAAAUAAUCUAGUUUUAGAUAUAUUUAUUGAGAUGAAUAAAUUGAUGAUUAUAAUAUUAUUU